CUGGAGGGGAGCAGAGAGGAGGGAAGGAGCAGCGGAGGCAGUGAGCUGGGAGCGGCUGAGGCCCUUCCCGCAGAAACUGGGGGCACCGGCGGCGUAGGAGGUGGAGAAGGCGGAGGACGCACGGGCUGGAGGCGGCGGCUGCGACUCGGCGGCGCUGGGAAUCGGAACCGCGGGUGAACUUGGGCGCCACGUUCCGGGCGACGGCCGGGUGAGGAUGGUGAACACUUGCAGCCGCUGACCCUGCCUUUCCUCUGUUCCUCGCGGCUGCCGAGCCUGGCGCCCAUCCCCACCCCUGGACGGGUGGGUGAACCUGCAAGCUUCUACCCACCCCAGGACUAUUUUUUCUUUUAAAAGGAAACAGGGAGUGGGCAUUCGGAAAGAGGGAGAAAACGCAGGGGAGCUCGUCCAUCCGUUGAGGCAGAGUUCACUAUGAUCUUACUCGCAUUCAGCUCUGGAAGAAGGUUGGAUUUCGUGCAUCGUUCGGGGGUGUUUUUCUUCCAAACCUUGCUUUGGAUUUUAUGUGCUACAGUCUGCGGAACGGAGCAGUAUUUCAAUGUGGAGGUUUGGUUACAGAAAUACGGCUACCUUCCACCGACUGACCCCAGAAUGUCUGUGCUGCGCUCUGCAGAGACCAUGCAGUCAGCCUUAGCUGCCAUGCAGCAGUUCUAUGGCAUUAACAUGACAGGAAAAGUGGACAGAAACACAAUUGACUGGAUGAAGAAGCCUCGAUGUGGUGUACCAGACCAAACAAGAGGCAGCUCUAAAUUCAACAUCCGACGAAAGCGCUAUGCAUUAACUGGGCAGAAGUGGCAACACAAGCAUAUCACUUACAGUAUAAAGAACGUAACUCCCAAGGUUGGAGAUCCUGAGACCCGGAGAGCAAUUCGCCGUGCCUUUGAUGUGUGGCAGAAUGUAACACCUCUAACGUUUGAAGAAGUUCCCUACAGUGAACUAGAAAAUGGCAAACGUGAUGUGGAUAUAACCAUCAUUUUUGCUUCUGGUUUCCAUGGAGACAGUUCCCCCUUUGAUGGGGAGGGAGGAUUUUUGGCCCAUGCUUAUUUCCCUGGGCCAGGAAUUGGAGGCGAUACUCAUUUUGAUUCUGAUGAGCCAUGGACACUGGGAAAUCCCAAUCAUGAUGGAAAUGAUUUAUUUCUUGUAGCAGUCCAUGAGCUGGGACAUGCUCUAGGGCUGGAGCAUUCCAACGACCCAACAGCUAUCAUGGCACCAUUUUACCAGUACAUGGAAACAGACAACUUCAAGCUUCCUAAUGAUGAUUUGCAAGGCAUCCAGAAGAUAUAUGGUCCACCUGACAAGAUCCCUCCACCUACAAGACCUCUACCGACAGUGCCCCCUCACCGAUCUGUCCCUCCGGCCGACCCAAGGAAAAAUGACAGGCCCAAACCUCCUCGACCUCCCACUGGCAGACCUUCCUAUCCAGGAGCCAAACCCAACAUCUGUGAUGGGAACUUCAACACUCUAGCUAUUCUUCGAAGGGAGAUGUUUGUUUUCAAGGACCAGUGGUUUUGGCGAGUGAGAAACAACAGGGUGAUGGAUGGAUACCCCAUGCAAAUUACUUACUUCUGGCGGGGCCUUCCUCCCAGUAUUGAUGCAGUUUAUGAAAACAGUGAUGGAAAUUUUGUCUUCUUUAAAGGUAACAAAUACUGGGUGUUCAAAGACACAACUCUUCAACCUGGAUACCCUCAUGACUUGAUUACCCUUGGAAAUGGAAUCCCCCCUCAUGGUAUUGAUUCUGCCAUAUGGUGGGAAGAUGUUGGCAAAACCUAUUUCUUCAAAGGCGACCGGUAUUGGAGAUAUAGUGAAGAAAUGAAAACCAUGGACCCUGGCUAUCCCAAGCCCAUCACCAUCUGGAAAGGAAUCCCUGAAUCACCUCAGGGAGCUUUCGUCCACAAGGAAAAUGGCUUUACCUAUUUCUACAAAGGAAAGGAGUAUUGGAAAUUCAACAACCAGAUACUCAAAGUAGAACCUGGGUAUCCAAGAUCCAUCCUCAAGGACUUUAUGGGCUGUGAUGGACCAACAGACCGAGAUAAAGAAGGUCUCAGCCCACCAGAUGAUGUAGACAUUGUCAUCAAACUGGACAACACAGCCAGCACUGUGAAAGCCAUAGCUAUUGUCAUUCCCUGCAUCUUGGCCUUAUGCCUCCUUGUAUUGGUUUACACUGUGUUCCAGUUCAAGCGGAAAGGAACACCCCGCCACAUACUGUACUGUAAACGCUCUAUGCAAGAGUGGGUGUGAUGUAGGGAUUUCUUUUUUCUUUCUUUUCCGGGAGUUUGUGGUAACUUGAGAUUCAAGACAAGAGCUGUUAUGCUGUUUCCUAGCUAGGAGCAGGCUUGUGGCAGCUGAUCGAGGCUGACCUUCCAAACCUAGAUGGUUGCUGGUCCUGCACAUGAGUGGAAAUAUAUUCAUGGAGAAGCUUCCAUGAUGCACAGUAUCUGCCGUUCUUCAGUCCUCUGUCUUUCUUUGUCAUUCAGUUCUAGGCCUUUCCUCUGCACGCUCAAUGCCCAGUAAAAUUUCAGGAUUAACUGAAGAAGAGGAAAUAUAGAAGAAAAGUUUCUUCUUAUUUUUUUUUUUAAAAUACUUUUCCUUCUGAAAUCUGAGCCCAUUUCUGGGAAAGAGAAAGAAAGAAAGAGAGAGAGAGAGAGAGAGAGAGAGAGAGAGAGAGAGAGAGAGAGAGAGAGAAAGCAAAUCAGAAAACCCAUAGGUUUUUGCUUUAAAGCAAAAGAAGAGUUUAAAAACAACAAAAUCCACAACUGAACUUUCAGAAAAGUGUGAAGAUCCAAAACAGCUUUGUCUCCAAAGAAGAUAGCUCUGUGACCACUAUGGAUAGUUUCCUGCGCAUUGUCUUGUCAGGUGGGAGAUCUGGAACAUACAUGCAGGACGCUAGACUGUUGGGACAGCCAUUUUCCAACAAACAAGGGGCCAAAAUAUCUGCAAUAUAGUAACAGCCUUAAUAAUACAUGCAUUUUCAUUUUCUACAGCUGUUCUCAACUAUGUCCACAAUGUAUCAUCACCUCCAUACUCAUAGCUGUAUUCAAACAGGACCUUUUGGUUGUUUUGAAAUGUUUCUGAACCCCCUCUUGCCUCCUGACACAGCAUCAUUGUGACAUUCUUCCCAGUUGUGUUAGGCCUUUGUCCCAGGCCGUCCAUUGGUCUGUCAGCAAUACUCAGCGCAAAGCAGAGCGAGAAGCAUUGUGUCUCUGAAGUAAAGAAAGUGAUGGUCAUAUUAUAAAGAUAUGUUCCUCUUUAAUACAUCGGUGUAACCCUUUGAGAACUAUCAGACCAGCUUACAGAGUCAGGAUGAUCAGUCUUGCAAUCUGGUCAUUUGUAGAAGUGGCCAAAAGGGAAAGCCAUCACAUGUUCGAGAAGUUCAGACUUGUAAAGCAUACCUUACAAUCCCAUGUAAUUCUUUAAUGACUGACAGUACUGCAUAAAUGCUUUUAUAACAAACAACAGUGGUGUGACUUGCCAAAACUUUUCUGGCAAAUAAAAAAGAUAUUUUGUUAACAAUAUCUCAUGAGAGUGAAAUUUUAUUCGAAUAAUCGGUUAGAACAGUCUAAGCUUUUUCUUCUUCAGACACAUUGAUCUUUUUUUUUUAAUUUAAAAUCCAUUGCAUGAAAACUCAGUUUGCCAUAAAAUAUGCUGUUCGCAUUGCUUGGUUAAAACUGAAUUAAAACGAUGACUCUGAGUUGCAUGAAUAUCAUCGAAUGCAUUUCCUAUUGCAUGUCAGCCAUAGUUCUCAAAGGGUUGGUGUGGCUUCUGGCGCUUAGCCAUCUAUUUGAUCACUGACAGAGCCAAGAGACACCAAAGCAUCCCAUUGUUGAGUGUAAUCUGUCCUAACAGCAGGAUUGUCAUCUUCAUGUGACCUGCAGAGCAGGAUCCUAUCAAUAUUUUUUCCUAGAGAAAAGUCAGAAACUGACAGACCUCUUUAUUGAUGUUAGAAGCUGCUUCUUGAAGUGAAUGGCUUGACAGCCACUGGGCUGUGAACUUAUUAGAGAUGGUCAGAAGGAAAGCACCCCAUGAGUCAGACAAUUGGCUUUGUGUGAAAGCCAGCUUUUGAGGGGAUUAGCUUUUGAAACAAUGAACAGCUUGCCUUGAACAUGCUAUUGAUCUGUUGACUGUCAUUAACAACAACUUAAACAUUGUCUUCUGUGAAAUUUUUUCCUGGAAGAGCCCUGUUCUGUGUAUUUGCCCUUUGACCUUUAACUUGCAAACUGGCACAAACUGAAGGAAAUCUGGUGUCACUUCUCCACUGGAUUAUUGUUAUUCUCCAAAACCUAGUAAACAAGAGCUGUUUCCUUAGAGUGGAGAGAGAGUUUCGGUAGUGGAUCUGCAGAUGGCGCUUUGCUCUCUACAUGCACACUCUGAAUAUGCCCUAGGUAGAGGUAUUUUUUUUUAAUUUUUUCUUUACUUUCAAGCUUAUUUUCAUCAUUUUAGUAAAAAUUAUAAAAAAAUAGGAAAAAAAAAACCUCCAAUACUUGAAUGGCCAGUAUGGCUUUUAUAUAAAGCAGGAAUUUUAUACUAGUGAAAAUUUCUUACUCAUUUGCUAAUAAUACACAUUUCCAGAUGAUUUUUAAUGAGUGUAGGUAUACAUUCUUAUUUGGAAAUGGAUAGUUUGGCUGCCUUGAAUUUAUAUUUAUACUCAACAUAGCAUGAAAGUUAGAAUGCCUUUGGUUAAACUACAUGUUUAUGAUUUGGUUGGGGAAAACAUUUUUAAUUAUGGGUGGCAUGCUGAAAAGCCUGGCAGAAUGGUGUUUCCUACAAUCUGAGCAUAUUUUGUAAAACUAAGAAAAAGAAACAGGAAAGAGAAAUGGCUUCGUAAUACCACGUUAUGCAAUGCAUAUUGUACAUCAACAGAACAUCCAAGAUUUUGAAUGUGAGGGUCAAUAACACAGGGAGGGCAAGGAUCAGCCCUAUAGCUGUGCUUCAGUACUUCCUUUCUAGAUGAUGCGAAUAUUAGAGUUAGUUACGACAGAGCAUGGAGGACUGUAUACAUAAGCCUGUUUAUACAGUGUUUGCUUGUUAGAGGGUUUAAUCCUUUCAGGACCUUGAUGUCAAGAAAAAAAAUAAAAAAAAUGACUGGAAACGUUUUCUUUUUCUAAUAAUAGAAGUAAGUAACUGUAACCUUUUUGGGACAUGUGCAAGUCAUCAAGGAACUCCAUCGACAUGCAUUGAACUUUUUUCUCUCUAAAAUCAAUAAGCAAUUUAUUGCCUCUUUACUCAUCCAUCACAAUACCCUGAUUCAUCGCAAAACUGUAAGUACCUAAGGGCUAGAAAAUCACCAUAGCAAUGGAAAGGGAGGAGUCUUUAUUGUGCUUCGAUUCUGGUAAAUAUCAUGGAUAUGAUUUGGGUUUUGUUGCCUUCACUGUGAGAAGUCUGUGUACUAAAUAUGGCUUCUGUGUCUACUAUCUUGACUGUGGCCCCUAUAAGGUCAUAAGUGAUAUGACCUAAGUACAGUGUGAUCAAAAGCAUUGGGCUUCCUUUGUUCACUGUAUGUCAGGCACUUCAUUCACAUGAUGGCUGAUUCUUCAUAAGCUUGGGAUUUGUAUUAAAAGAUGAGGCAACGCUAUAGAAAUCAUGACAAUGAUGAGUUAACCUAGCACUUGAAAAAAAAUAGCAAUUAAAUUUUUGAAAAAGAAGUUAUCUGGAUCAAGAUCAUAAUGUCAGCUCAGUAUCAGUGAAAACGGUCAACCAAUCAAAUGUUUUCUGUAACCUCUAAAUGAGAAACAUACAAAGCUCUGUCCUACUGUUUCCAAAACUGAAAUGAAAACAUAUUUGUGUUCAUAAAACAAUUCAGAUGUUUCAUUAGGUUUAUUACUUUAACGAAUAUGAAGACAACUGUAAACAAGGUAAUGAUUUUUACAUAAAGUGAUUUUCAUGUUUACAACUUCAGGUAAAUACUCUUUGUCUGUAUAUUUUUAAUCAGGCUAAGUACUAAGAGAGAUGAUCAGUUCGAAUUCUAUAGAGCAGUUGUUCCAUAUCAGAUCUGUAGAGAUAGUUGUGAUUUUAGGUAAUUGUUAACUCAUCUGAGAACAAAGUUUUCUGCAGAGAUGGCUCUCACAGCAGGUGAAGACAGAUGUCCUUUGCCAUGGCAGGUUUACAGGGCUCAAUCAGAAAACAAUAGAUGCUCCUGACAAAUACAGCUUCUGUUACUAACCAGUUACCAGAGCUUUUCUAAAUCACAUAUAAUAAGUUACUUAGUAAUGAAUGCCAAGAGGCAAUUGCUAAGUAAUAAAAAAGUAGAGAGAAGUUUCCUGAAAUAGGAAAACCUUAUCGUUAGUACUCAAGCUGCCUAAAGUCUCUUUCAUCCACACAUAAUUUGGCUCUUCAAAGACAGUACAUUUAAUUUUAUUUCAUUUCUGUGAGUUAAUCAAUUAGAAUGCAGUGUAAUUGCUAAGAACAUUGCCCAGGUCUCCUGCUCAGUGUAAUAUCGGAAUGAGGGUGUAUAUACUGGAUUCUAGGAAGUGUAAUGUAAUAUUCUCAAGUUCUCCAUGUUGUGUUUCUAUUCUAAUACAGCACAAAUUCAGACUCCUGUCAUGUGGAUCUUACAAUUGAGUAACUCAAUGUGCUAUCUGAAGAGGAAUAGAAUAGAUGUUAUUACUUGAAUAGAUAAACAAAAGUCAUGAAAAUAAUCAUUUUCCUUUUUUAGGUACUUGGUAUUUAUUUCCCAAAACAAAUAAAGGCAGUGAUUUGCUGAUAGUUUUGAAUCUGUGAGAUUAUAGUAUAUAAUUAAAUAAGCCUGGGGAUGGUGAAAAAAUGUUUACAGUAAUCACAGCCAAGUGUUUAAUUUUUGAUAUCAUAAGAACAUAUUCCAAGCUAUCAAAGACACAACAUACCAUUUAAAACACAAGUGUGACAUUCUGAUGAACUAUCACAAAGAACUAUAUAUAUUGUCUCCACUACUCUAUGAUACCAAUGAAAACAUCAAGUAACUUACUGGUAUAAUCUGACUAUUCCUUUAAAUGGCAGUUACCUCUACAAUACUGAUUUAUAAGAAGCACAUCAAACAAGUGCCAGGGGCUGGAAGUCUAAAUGACAGUUUUUCUGUUGCCUGAGAAGUUUAAAUGAGUCACUACUAAUGGUUGAACAUAGUAUAAUAAAGACACUAACAUUCAAGGAGAAUAACACACUAUUGAUAUGAAAGCUACAUUUUAUAAGUAGAGCGGGCAGUGGAGAAGGCUAAAAUAAAUCUUCUGUAAAAUAUAAAGUCAAACUCUAGCACUCUGUAAUAUUACAACUGAAAGUUUUCUUCAGCGAGAAUGAAUAUAAUAGAGAAAUUGUAACUUCAAGCUCCUCAUGCCAGGAAUGAGUACAUAAUUUAUCAAUGUAUAUACUUAGUCAGUGCCCAUUAGAUGUCACCUGUGUAAACACAUAUGAUGAUCAUUCAUUGACUCAUAGACCCAAAAUAUUAAAAGUUAAAAGUUUUCAUUCAGUAACCUCAGUCUGAAAGGUGUUAGAACCCUGUGAGAAAAAGCCAUUUCCCUAGGAUAGAAAUUUACCUCAAUAAUCAUAUAAGACAAAACACUUGGCAUAGUAGCUGAAGUUGCCUUAGUGUUCUAGUCUGAUCUAAUAGUAGAAUCUGUCCAUAAUGUACCACUCACAUUGUUUCUCGUGUCUUACUUUUGCUGUAAGUUUGACUUAAUUUUGAAAUAUUUCUGGUCAUAUCAAGAACAUCUAAUUAUCGAUAUCUUCUUCAACAUGUCUACUCUGAAAUAUGAUCCAACAGUAUAGAAAGCCUAGAAUGAAUAUGAACUUGACAUAGUCACCGAAAUUCAGAAAAAGAAAUCUCUGGUGGUAUUUCAUAAUUCCCUUCAAUUAUUUGGUAGGAUCCAGAAGUAGCAGCUUUCAUUGUUUAAGUACAGCCAUUGACUGGUAACAGAACAUGGCAUGCAUCAUUUCUUUAAAAUAAACUAGUAUUUGUACUAAGUCAUGAUAGAAGUGUAUGAGAAGUUUACUGAUGUAACAAAAGCAUCACAGACAUUUGUAAUGAAUGCUUUGUAAGGGAAAUGGGGCAAAAUCGAUAACUUGUGAUCAGUACAUCAUAAGCAUAAAUAUGAAGGACAUUUGUAUAUGGACAGAUCUGAGGUUCUAUGUCUUUCAACUAAAAAAGAAGUAUGUCUUUUAUGAUAUAAGAAUUUUUCUUAUACAAACAUGGAAGGAAUUUUCUUCAAAUAUGAGGUCUAUGUGUCCUUUUAUGGAAAGGCACACUGGGCCCUUCAGGAAAACACAUCACAAGCUAGAGUGUUGGGCUGAUUCACGUGACGUGCCCACGUGCUCUGUUACAGAGCUAGAUUUGUAUGCCUUUAAAAAAGGGAAGAAAAUAUGAAGUAUAAAUAUAACUCUUUCUCAUUAGGCCACUUGGCUUCAAAGUAAGAUAUCACAAGCAUUUUCCCCCCACUGAGGAAAUGGAAAGAUUGAAUGGUGAGAAAAAAUAAAAGAAAAAAAAACACAAAAACGUUUUGGCCAACAAAGACAUUUCUAGUUUCUUUCACCUGUUUUGCUUAUUAGAAGAAGAUUGCAUAUGGACUUCUUUGUAGCAGUUGAUAGGUAGCUAGAUUGGGUCCCAGGAAUAAUAUCAUAGUACUUUUAACAUGGGCAUUUUUGGAUUUGCCUCAAAUAGUAUGAAGUUUGGUGAGGUGUGACAAGGAAGGAUGCUUUUCCCUAGGAUUGGCUCUGGUGCUGCUUGUAUUUGGCAUCUUUUAUAUGAAUGUCCGUUGCUUUGUUGGCCUGUCUUGCCAGUAUACUGAUGAAUAAAGCCUUGUGUGCACUAUCUAUUUGAAGUCACUAGAAUGCAUGUUUUGUUUCCUGUCAUGUGAUAUCAAUUGUAGCUCAUUCCCUUUCUAUAUACCCACAGCCUACUGGUUAGUAUAAGACAUACUUUAAAUGAAUGGUUUUGUUAUUAAUACGAGGAAUACUUAAUGUUAAUGUUUUCCUUUCUUUUACUACACUGAGAUAUAAGAGGCUACUGUCUCUUCAUUUCUUGCUCCUUAUGUAUUCCACUGCUUAUGUAAAAUUAUGAUUUUAGUUAUGAUAGUCAUUUCCCUUUUUAUAUAUGGUAUGGAAUCCAUUAUUCCUUUCUAUACUCAUAAAUACUAAUUUUUACAGUCAAAUAAACAUGGGUACUAAUUGAGAGUAAGGGAUUAUCAGAAUUUUCUGCCUCCUUUUUUAGAUAAUUUUUGAUUACUUUCAAUCACCAAUUUCCACCCAUAAUUCUGCUAAUGUUUAAUAAGUCAUAUUUUCUUUCUCUUUUGAAAAACAGAAUUUGGUAGCACUGUACAGUCUAGUUGGAAACCUGGAGAAAUGUCUUUGUUUCUCAAUAUUUUCCAUCAUAAAUUACAUGGAAAUUAUAGUUUUUAUCACAUCCCAAACUCUGACAUUGACUUAUAUUUUUAUAGAGCUCUUCCCCUUAGAAAAAUAGAAUACUAAGUAUAAUUGCUGUUGUUUGUUGAUAAGACAGCUACGAAAAUUUAUUUUGGGAAAAUCUAUCUAAUAUAAAUAUACAGUAUGAUAAAUAUUACAAUAUAGGGUUUAAGUACAUCAGGAGAACAUGAAUGUCUAAAGCCUUGACUCUUUGGAAUAUUUCCCUUCUGGGGUAUAUUACAUGUGUAAGAAAGAGAUAGAGUAGAAGAUUGGGGUUUAUUACAGCAGUGGCUUCUCCUGCACUGGCUAUGUCGCCAUCAGCAUUUCUCUUGUGGACCUCUAUUUUCAGGGGCUUUAGAGACUUGGUCAUAAAAAUUGUUUCAAGUGUAAAAGUCUUGAACGACUCUUUUUUCCUUACAUGUUAUCUAAUUUUAAACAAAUAUAUUUUGGUUUUAUAUUAUGGAAAGUAAAUGGAUGGAAUUUGCUAGUUUAAUUUUGUGCUAAUAUAAACUUUUAAUAACCUUGAUUUAUAAUAAAAAUAUAAAAUAUAAUUAGUUCAUAGUCUAAUUUUUUAAAUGAGUCAAAUAUUGUUGACAUUGAGAAAUUUGCUAGUUUGAUCAGUGUGGUACUUAUCUUCAAGAUGUUUUAAGACUUGGAUGCAUGUUGUUAUCUUUACUCCAACAAGAGAAUCAGUGGAUCACUAUGACUGACAAAAAAUAUAGAUACAUGAUAUCUAUAUAAGCUAUCUGCUAACAUAUAUUUGGGACUAUAUAGUAUAUGUGAUUAUAUAUAUAUAUAUAUAUAUAUAUAUAUAUAUAUAUAUAUAUAUAAUCAUUAAGGGAAUGAAGCUCCUGUCAAUUAUCAAAUAAAUACCAUAUAUUUUUUUAAGAAUUGCACAAACAUUUAACUUUCACCGUUCAAAUGAGAUACAAGCAAUUGCAGAGGAAAGUUGUCCCCUGGGUAAACAAAACCCUUUUACAUCUUCCUAUGAAAACCAUCUUUUGUUUAUAUAGUGUGGAUAUUUGGAAUGAAAACACUAAAAGUAAACUGAGAUUUAUAAAAUUACAAUAGACUGAAGCAGAGAGAAAGGCCAGGAAAUUAAGAUAUAGGACAUUUUACCCAUGGUUUCAAUUAGAGAGUAUGAAUAUGUAACCUUGAGUUUUUGAGUUGUUUACUUUGUACUCUACAUUUUCUCAUGAAGACUUUCAUUACGUGUAGUUUUCCAUGUGCAAGGCAUGAAAUGAUCCAUUUAUUUUUCUUAGUGGAUUUUAUGGGUUGAAUGUUAUGGGUUUGCCCACACAAGAUUACUUUUACUCCAUAUUAAAUUUGGCAUAUAUAUUUUUCCUGAUUGCUUCUACUGACAAACACAAAGCUUGUUUGUGUGCAAAUAAAAGGCUAAAUAAAUGGUGCUAAAGUGUAUUAUGACUGUCAGAUAUAAUCAGGCAAAAUUUUGUGGUGCUUCAAUUAAUUUCUCAUUGAUUUUAUUGACCAGUGUGUUGAACAGUGUUUAUUCACAAACUGUGUUUUAUUAGUAAAAUUAAAGCUUCAUAGCACAUUGUUAACAAAGAGGUUGCCUAGAUUAUGUAAUAGCUCACCAGGCUAUUUUCUCCUUGACUCCUUAUAAUGAUUCCUCAUUAAAGGUCAAGGGUCAUGCUAUUAAUCUCAUUCUAUAGAUCAGUAACAUGACUGAACAUUUCUCACAUGGUACUUAUGUUUACAAUGCUAUAACCCUUUGACUGCUGCGGCAACCUUAACCAUACAAAUGUCACAAUCUAGAAUCAUCAGCAUGGUGUGUGCCAUGGCAAUCAAAGAGUUAAGGGCUGUGCAGUUAUUUGUGUUGUAUUUAUUAAUUUAUAUUUAUUUCAUUUCCAUUCAAGAAUGGGUUAGGGUGGGGCACUGUUUGUCUGCUGUAAGUGUCUUAACCUAGGGAAAGGUUAAAUGGCUUUUUAUACUGUUGCAUCUUCUGUAUUUACCAUCAGUUCAUUGUGUUGUAAUUAAAAAAUGUCAAUAAAUAAGAAAACCAAAAACUGGUUCAUAGA